AUGUCCACAAUCGACAUUGCCCUCGGGGCCGUGGUCAAUUUCCCUGUUUUAGUUGUUCUGCUCGCUUUUAUACCACUUUAUCUUAUUUUAAAGACACCCCCGAUCCGUCCGAAAGGAUGUCGCCGCUUGGGACUCCUGCCAGGUCGGAGCAAUCUAGACGAUGAAUUCGAUCCGAAGUAUAGCGAGGGCCUCCCUAAUGACCAGAAGGAUCAGGGUCGCCCAUCAUGGCGCGUCAAAGCCCUGUUUACUUAUCCCCUUAAAUCCUGUGGCGCAGUCGAGCUGCAACUUUCGAAUGUCGUACCUACGGGACUCGAAUUCGACAGGCAAUUCGUCUUUGCGGAGUACAGCAAAGGAGAAUGGAACAUUCGAACUUUGCGCAAUGCAGGAUUUAACCGUCUCGCCCUGAUUCAUCCUGAGAUCUGGGUUCCUGACCCGUCCGCCUCGGACUAUGACACAAACCUGCCAGAAGUCAAGUCAGACGGCGUGAUGCUGAUAUCGUAUCCUCGCUUGACACCAACCGGAUGGAAGGGUCUUCCCACGAAAAUUGGCAUGGCACUCAAGAUCUGUGCCAGCCGCCACACAUUCCAAGUUCCAUUGCAUGCACCACAGGACUCCAGCUUCCCACUCGUCCCAGUCAGAAUCUGGAAAGACAAUCCCCUGGCACACGAUUUUGGAUGUCUGCUCCCAGCAUCAUUACACGCAUACAUGGGCUUCGACCCCAAAACCAGUCCAUUAACACUCUUUCGCACAAGCGCACCACACACCCGCCAAAUCUUCCGCAACGCACCUCGCAAAGAAGACCUAGGCUUCCAACCCAACACAGCCUUCGCAGACGCCUACCCAAUCCAUCUCUUGAGCAUCUCAAGCCAUAGAGACGUAGCAGCACGCUGCGCCUACGCAAUCCCACGCCUAAGCAUCCGCCGCUUCCGCGCAAACAUCAUCAUCCAAGGACCCGCUGCAUUUGCAGAAGACCACUGGAAGCGACUUUCUAUUGGUGGAACGGAGAUCCAUGCUUCGUGUCGGACUGUACGGUGUCGGUUGCCGAACGUUGAUCCCGAGUCUGGGGAUCGACAUAAAGCCGAGCCGGAUCGGACGUUGAAGGCAUAUCGACGUAUUGAUGAUGGGGAUCGGACUAACGCUUGUCUUGGAAUGCAGCUUGUUCCUGCUCAAGAGGCUUUUAUGCUUCAUGUUGGGGAUGAGGUUCGGGUUCUUGAGACUGGGGGACAUCGGUAUAUUAAGAUGUUGGCGCCUGGUGAGAAGGUUGAGGGGGUUUGA